UGACAAUUGUACUUAACAGUUGGCGACUCCUGCGCAGUUCGGCGGCAAUAGUCUUCCAUCCAGGACAGCCGACGGUUGUGAAGAUGCUGACCAAAGCACUCGCCGUGUUCGCAGCUCUUUCUCUGGCCGCGGGGAAGCUAACUGGUGACGUGGUCCGCCCGUGCCUGCUGAGCGAUCACCACUGCAUCCGCGACAACCUGAAGGCCAACUCGCACUGCAAGCCCCGAGUCCGAGGUUCGCUUCCCGGCCAGUACAACGUCGAGCCGUGGCGGUUCGAGACGCCGUACUUCAACGCGUCCUACAUCGACCAGGGAAUGGUUAUCAGGAACCAUGAUAAGUGCUACGUGUCUGAGUUCUUCUUCAACAGGAAGACGGACGUCGCCGUGAUCGCCAUCGACUGCCCCAACCUCGAGUUCGAGUCCGACCGUCUACUGCUACAGCACUACUCGUUGAAAGAGGACACCACAUACAACUACCACAUCAGGGGCGCCUACCCUCUGAUCCGCCUGACGAUGAACGUGCCGAAAGCCAACCGCCUGAACAUCUGCAACGGGUUCACGUUCGCUGACGUCACUGGUCUGCCGAAAUUCCACAUCGACCCUAAAGACAAGCCAACAGCAAAGUUCCUGACCCCGGACCUGUCCUACCUGAACAUCUUCGAGCGAGAAACGUUCUUCUACCGCGCCAACUACCUGCUCCGCGCGUACGUCAACUACUACAUCUGCGACUUCGGGUGCUUCUAACUUACAUUU